AACACCAGAAGACACGGCUAUUUUCACAUCUAGCGACGAGAUGAUGCCAGAGUCGUGCCUUUGUGCAAGAAUGAACUCGCUCUAUUGGAUGGCGAGGUAGACGGAUUUUUAAGCUACAGGCAGGGGAUUGAAUUUUGUUAUUUACGUUAUCAAAGAGUAAAAAUGCGUCGUGUGACAGGCCAGGCCAUGGAGCUGCUGGGCAGCGGCGCCUGCAGGAUCAGCGUGAGCAGGCUCUUUCUGUCCACACCGGCCAAAGCAGCCGCUCCGCUCGGAGACAGGAGAUUUCGCUCGACAUCGUCCAUGUCCAGUCACACGGAGCUGGCUCGGGAGCGCUCCAAAACCGUUACGUCUUUCUACAACCAGUCUGCCAUCGACGCGUCUGCAGAGAAGCCUUCUGUCAGACUGACACCAGCCACUAUGCUGUAUGCAGGGAAGUCUCCUGAUGGACAUCAUAUCCUGAGCAGUGCCAAGUAUCUACACAAAGAGCUGCCUGUCCGUAUCGCCCAUCGCAUCAAGGGCUUCCGCAGCCUGCCCUUCAUCAUCGGCUGCAACCCAACCAUUCUCCAAGUGCACGAGCUUUAUAUCAGGGCCUACCACAUGCUGAGCGACUUCCCAGCUAUAAAAGACCAGGAGACUGAGGCUCGCUAUAGCAAACUUGUAAAACAGCUUCUUGAUGAUCACACAGAUGUUGUCACCAUGUUAGCGGAAGGAUUCAGGGAAUGUCGUAAGCACAUAACGGACGAGACUCUGGUUCGUAAUUUCUUGGACACAACGUUGACGUCUCGUCUGGGCAUACGCAUGCUGGCCACACACCACAUUGCCCUGCACGAGGAUAAUCCUGACUUUGUAGGCAUUAUAUGCCGCCGCCUGUCCCCUAAAAAGAUCAUCGAGAAGUGGGUUGAUUUUGCUCGACGGCUCUGUGAGCAUCAGUACGGGAACUCUCCACGGGUUCGCAUUAAUGGCCAUGUGGCGGCCCGCUUUCCCUUCAUUCCACUGCCGCUGGACUACAUCCUGCCUGAGCUGCUAAAGAACGCCAUGAGGGCCACGAUGGAGAGUCACUUGGAGACUCCUUACAAUGUGCCUGAUGUCGUGGUAACAAUCGCCAACAAUGAAACAGACUUUGUCAUAAGGAUCUCAGACCGUGGUGGUGGAAUUCCUCACAGCAUUUUGGAUCAGGUGAUGGAUUACCACUUCAGCACAGCUGAACAGAGCGCACAGGAUCCGCGCAUGAGCAACCUUUUCAACAACAUUACCAACAGCGGCCCCCAGUCUGGACCCAUGCAUGGGUUUGGCUUUGGCCUGCCUACAUCUCGGGCUUACGCCGAAUACUUGGGAGGUUCCUUGGCCAUCCAGUCGAUGCAGGGCAUUGGCACAGACGUCUACCUGCGUCUCCGGCACAUUGAUGGCAAAGGAGAGAGCUUCAGAGUUUGAUGUCAUGGUCUGUUCAUAGAGCUUUUGGUCAUUUUCUGUGCUGAAGAUUUUAAAGCUCGAAGUCUAACCCAAACCAGGAUGUUCAACAGUUGUCUUUUCACACAUAUUACUGCAUCAGAAUCACAUUUUGGAUCGUGUUUUCUGCAGAUUAUGGGUGUCGUGCUUGCAAUUCGCACUGCCUUGCAUUUGUAUAGUGAACUGUGAUUUCUGUAAAACUUUCAGCCUUUAGAUUACCAAGUGAUUUCAAGAUUAAAAUCAAAUGUGUUACUGCCCACCAUCACCAGUGGGACGAGUCCUUACACUCCAGGCGCCUGCAGAAGAUGCUCUCCAGACAGACAUAUCCUGCUUUUCCUCAGAAAUAUGAGUGAAUUUUGAACUCUUUGGAGAUAGUUCACACUCCAGUGGUGAACACAAAUCAUCUAUGAACUCUGAAUAGAGACUGACUGCCUUACAAAAAAGAAAAAUGUUGUCAUUCUUGCUUUUGACACUUCAAAUGAACCACAUGAGCUUAAAAGUUUGUUGUAGAUUUCAUGCUUGAAAUUGUUUGUAAAAAAGCCUCUUUGGGGUUAUAGCAAAGUGUAGAAUUCUCUCUUUCUCUCCAGCAAACUCAUGUUUGAAUGGAUGUUUAAACUCUGCCCACCUGUACAUGUGGUGUUUGAUCAUUGUUUAGCCAACUGAUUUGAGAAAGAGAGACCAUGAAGUUUGUUUACCUGAAUGCAUUUGAAAUUUACCCCAAUGACAAAAGUUCUAUUGAAAUACCAAUUGAACUGCUGAAGUUCACAUUUCACAUACACCGUAGAAGUAAACUGUAACAUUUUGUCUUGUAAUGUUGUGCCUGUGGUUUCUUUUCUCUCCCUUUGAAACGAUUUUCAAGAAAAGGAGCCUUCGUGUGUUUUCUGCUCCUCAUCUGUUCUGUAGAGCUGCAGAUGUGUUGCCCCAGUUUGCCCUCUACUGGUGGAAUCUGAGUAUUAACAACACGGACGUACUGAUGGUUUAGUGACGAAUGGUGUACAGUAGGGUUUGGAUUAUUUAGAAGGACUAACACGCACAUAUUAAGAUUUUCCUUUGUUUAUAUAAAAGGACAAAGUGUGGCAAGAUGCACCCAGAAUGAUCUCAAGGAAGGUUUCAUUUUAUUGUAUUUUGUUUUCUUUUUGAUGUCAAGUUUGCAUUACAUAGACGCCAACUACGCAUAAUUUUUUAGGCAUUAUAAAAUUCUGGAGGAGAAAA